CUGAAACUUCAAACAAGAUUAUGCUUCAUUAAUUCCUUGAAAUACAUUACAAUUUGAUCUUCAAGCAAGGCUCUCUCUGGAAAGAAUAACCUGUGAGACAGAUCUGUUGGAAACAUGCAGCCCUACAAGCUCACCUACUUCAAUAUGCGGGGGAGAGCUGAGCUGUCCCGUUAUAUCCUGGCCUAUGCUGGGAUACCCUUCAAGGACCAAAGGGUGGAGUGGAAGGACUGGCCAUCCAUCAAGCCCUCUUUUCCCCUUGAACAGCUCCCGGUGCUGGAAGUGGAGGGGGGACUUCUGAACCAGAGCCUGGCCAUUGCAAGGUUCUUGGCCAAAGAAGCAGGUCUGGCGGGGCAAGGCCGGCUGCAGGAGGCCCAGGCAGACGCCAUAGUGGACAGCCUCAACGACUUCACCCUCAUGAUCCCCUGGAGGGAAGAGGACCAGGAGCUCAAGAAACAAAAGAUCGAUGGGCUCUUCGAUGUCCACGCCCCCAAGCUGCUUGGCUACCUGGAGAAACAGCUGGGCGACAGGGAGUGGCUGGUGGGCGAUGCGGUGACCUGGGCCGACCUGUACUGGCACGUGUGCUCCACCACCUUCAGCGUGCUGCGGCCAGGCUUCUCUGACCCCCACCCGCGGCUCUGCGCUCUGCUCCAACGCGUGGGGGGCCUGCCCGGGCUGGACCACUGGCUCCAGACGCGCCCCAAAACCGAAUUUUAGACCAGGGCAGGACCGGGUCCUCAGGAAAACCGGGCAAUCAAAA